CCUGCCGUUUUGCUUUUGAACGAAGUCGCGAGUUUCCAGUACCCUAGCCCCUCUCUGAAUCCGAUAGCUGCGAUUUCAACUGUCAUCCAUCUCUCGCCGGUACACCGUGCUACCUCCCUUCCGGAACUCCACCUUCAUAAGAGUUUCAAAUAGCAUCCAUGUCGAGGAUAUGUGUGAGGAAUCUCCCUGAAUAUGCUGCAGAGGAUCAACUAAAAGAAUUAUUUUCUCAAAAAGGAGAAAUAACCAAUGUCAAGCUUAUGCGUACCAAAAACGGUAAAAGUCGCCAAUUUGCUUUUAUCGGAUUUCGUACAGACCGGGAGGCUCAGGAAGCGAUUCAAUAUUUCAAUAGAUCUUACCUUGGCACACUUACAAUUACUUGUGAGGUAGCUCAUAUACACGGUGUUGCAAAUCUUCCUCGUCUGUCGAGUAAUAAAGAAAAGUGAACGAGAGAGACAGUCAGUAGAGCUAUUUUUUUUUCUCUGUUUAUUUUUAUUUUAUUUAUUUUAAAUUAAAUAAAGGAUGGCCACGUGGCACAACCCUAUUGAUGAUUGGAUUUAAUUAAGGGGAUGAUCAUAUACAUGACUCCCCAUUGGGUCUACAUAGUAUCCAUUUAGA